AACUGCUGCUUCACCUGCGCCUCCACUACCACUACGCGCCACUCAAGUGCUUGGGCUGUAUGGACCGGUUCCCGGGCUACGCCGCUCUUCGCCUACACAUUCAGGCCCGACACGGGAAUAGCAAACUGGCCAUCGAUAAGGGCUGCAACACGUUGUGGUCGUUCGAGCCGAUCGCCGAACUCGAGGCCCUCAUCGCCAAAGCGGGCAUCGAUUCCCGGCUGGACUUCAUUGCGCACACGUCGUCACCAAUUGUUGUCGGUAACGUCUCUCUAAGAGAGGCAAUGCUUUCCACCGCUUCCGGGAAUACAUUGUCGGCGACCACUCCUUCUUCUUCCUCGACCACCGCUUCCCCAACACUCGUUGACCUCACAGACGAACCAAACUCUCCGCCACCCGUCACUCCCGCUACCGUUACGUCGGCGCCGGCGGUCGACAUACAGCCCGCACAACACAUUUACUUCAUUAACACAUUAUCCCCAACCGGACAACUAUUGUUCACUAAUAGCGGCCAAACUUUGUACGCAAAUAUCGCUCAACAAACACCUUCGGCAUCAAAUGUCGGCCCAACUCUAGCGUCAAACGUCGGUCAAAGUCUAGCCGCACGCCUCGCCCGGUCUCUGAUCCCGCAACCGGUCGCGCAACCAUCUCAGGCCACAAAUGCCGUCCAAUCAAUACCUCAUAACAAUGUGAUAAAAAACAUACCGCAGCGAUUGGCCAAAGCCAUCGUUGAUGUUAAACAAUUGUCUAAUUUGAAUCUAUUCAAUGGCGGCGCCGAUCGGGCGUUCAACUUCUUUACCAAACAUCUCAUUCAAAUCGAAAAGCUUUGCCACACAUUGAAUGUGACGAACCAAAUGAAACAAAUCGUUUACACUCUACUGUCGACUGCGCUGUCGAUUCCGGUGGCAGACCUCAUGCAGCGGUCAGCGAGCGCCUACGCCGAGCACAUGAUCCACAAGAAUAGGACUCACAUUAAGAAACUUGUGGACCAACUCAUCGUACGGACAGCGUUCACGGCUCAGAUGACGGCACAGGAGUUCCAGUUCACCGAAGAAUUAGUCAAACUGUUGAAUAUAACGUAUUUCCAUAAAAUGAAACAAUAUUUUCGGCUUAAGAUCGACAAUCCGGCUCCGGAUCAGUAUUUGUUGAACUUCUUGUUGAACUCGAUUCUACCUCUUUGGUCGACGGGAAACAUGACUUGUCAGCGAUUGGUACAAAAUAUCGACAGUCGGGAACUGAAGCGUUUGAUUUCCCCGUCAACGGAACCCCAUUCAGCCGCCCAAGAGGUCACUGACACGACGGCCGCUAUUGGUUCAGCAGCCGUUGUAUCCGACGCCGAAGUCAUUGAUCUAUCGUUUGAUUCGGGCGAUGAAGAGGUGGCCGGCGAACAACAGGCUUCGGAAGCCGUGGUAAAUGAGAUGCCGAGUGAGACAAUCGGCGAACCAAUGAAUGAAUCAAUUGCUGUGAUGGACGACUCGAUGAACGUAUCGAUGGACACGACAAACGAUCCUUUGAAUCAGUCGAUGGAAGUGACGCACGAAGAAGCAGAUACAGUGUCUGCGGUCGCGGCUACAGCCGACUCUUCGCCAAUACGUGUCCAGAAGUUCAAGAGGUUGUGCAUAAAGUUGGGUCACAUAUCGUGUGUGUAUUGCAUUAAAUUCGACACAACGGGCCGAUACGUGUUCACCGGUUCCGACGAUUAUCUCAUCAAA